CUCUCUCUCUCUCUCUCUCUCUCUCUCUCUCUCUCUCUCUCUCUCGACCUCGAUGGGUCGAAGACACUCAACGCGGCUAGCAGCCGUGAGCUCCGGCGAGUCGCCGCCGCCGCCUCCGCCGCCGCCGCCACGAGCUCGUUGCAAAUCGACGCUCCGAUGAAGAUCGACGCCCGUAUUCGCGUGUCCCCGUUCGCUCCGCGGCGUGUCACGGUUCGAUAGCCGGAUGAACGCCGGCGACCUCGGCGUUUGCGUCGACGGUGCGCGAUUGUGCCUGGGAUCGAGCGGCGGAUCCGCUCCGAAUGUCGACGAACUCACAAACGCGCGACGCUCUCACCCCGACGACUGUGGCCGCGGACGGAACGGAUAAAACGCUGACGGACGCACGGCAGGAGCACGACAGGAUGACGUGAUCAGAUCCUGGCACACGCGGAAGCGUCGUCCCAACUCGGCAAUGGCGAUACGGUGGCCUUGAGAUCGAUUGCACGAGACCGAGCUCGGUGAACGGCCGGGGUGUACGACUCGGCGAUUCCAAGUCGAAUUCGCGCGAUCGUUCCGUCCCAUUCGCGCUACCGGGUGUCGCGAUCGCGCCGGUACGGCACCGCACCGUCUCGCGAAGGAGGUUUACGAUGCGCGGUGCGGUAGUCGCUGGCAGUACGUGUCGCGAUCAUGUCGAGGAGUUCCGCGGCGCACACGGAUUGCUCCCUGCGAUUGCUGCAAGCAUGUGAACGAGACUGAGGGCUCGAGGCGCGUUUAAGAUUCGCUCGUGCGGGCAAACCGCAAAGUAAUAUCGCGCUGGUUACGUGGUGUGAGCGUAUAUACAUAAGUGCGAAUCGUCAUCGUCCGCGACGUCCCGGCGUCAUCGCGAUCGAUCUCGUCGCGACGAUCGGGGGACCGGCAACGGUCUCGUCGAUGGCAGAGUGACAGAGUAACCACCGUGCGUUGAAUGGAGUGAUGAGCGGGGCCCCUGCGCGGGGCACAGUGCCCCGUCGUCAAAGACGCCAUCAUCAUCACCACCACCGUCAGCAGCAUCAUCGUCAUCAUCAGCCGAAGCAUACGAAGCACGCGCGAGAGGAGACGCCGCGGGACGACGCGUUGAACGGCGAACCGGAGGAGAAGCGACCGAAGGUCAACCCGAUCUUCCUGUGGGCGUCGCAGCGUGAGCAAAGGAUCAUCGAGGUGAGAUGCGAGGACUACGACAAGCGUAAUCGCAUCAAGCUGACCAAGACCGCGCAAGGAUGGCGCUCGAUACCACGGACGACGUCCAACGUGUACUCGGUCGCCCUGGCCACCGCCAACGCCUGCAAGACGAGGCCGCCGCCGAGCUUGGUGGACUCGCCAGCUUCUUCGGUCUCGUCCAACGACGAGAAGGAGAACGGCACACGGUGCCAAGAGACCGUGGCGAACCCGCACCAACGUCUGCCGAUUCGAGUAUACCCUGUCAACAUAGCCGGCGCGACCAAUGGUUUGCUUGCCGGCGUCGAAGGCACCGGCAGGAAGAGGUGUUACGAAGACGCGAGGAGCGACGAGAAUCGCCGAGGAUACGCGUAUCCCCUCGGAGUCCGUGACGACUCCAAGUGGAACGCCGUUCAUCAAGGUUGCUCCGAGGACAGAGGUAAGGAUGACAGUGAGCGAGAAAUGCGACCGGAGAACGUGGAAUGCGAGGUGGAUUACGAGCGGAGUAAAGCUGAAGAGCGUAUGUCGAGCCUCACGGCUAAGCACAGACCGGUGGACACUUGGGUCAACCUGGAGAGGCUGCAGAAGGACAAGCUGUUCCAGCCGCGCGUGGUGCUGGAGCAGUUGCAUCUGUCGCAGCUUGCCGAGAAUACGCAACAAAGUCCCAACCAAGUCGCAAACGUCGUUUGCCAGGCGAGAGAGAGAACAAACGAGGAGGAGGAGGAGGAGGAGGAGGAGGAGGAGGAAGAGGAGGAAGAGGAGGAGGAGGAGGAGGAGGAGGAGGAGAAGGAAGAGAAGGAGGAGGAGGAGGAGGAAGAGGCGCUGGCCACUGAUGAAAAAGACAGUGAGACGUGUCCGCGGGUGAAUAAAGCAGGCAUUCAGGAUCUACUGAACAUGAUAGACGCCACGGCAUCGCCCGUCCUCGCCACCGACACUCCCAGCGCCGACUUGCCGGUGGAUUCCACCAAGACCUACCAAGUGCUCGACGAAGACACGCGCGAGAUAAAGACGACCCAACACCGAGACAAGGGAGUCAUCAAGGAGACGAGCGACAUCGUGGAGCAAUCGUCCGACAAUGCGAGCGAGUCGAUAUCGUGUUACAACAUCGGGACCGUCCAAGACGGCGACGAUGAGGAUGACGAUGACGAUGACGACGGCGUCGACGGGGACGACGUCGACGUCGACGAGAAGCCCGAGGUGAACGAGGGGAAGAUCCUCGAGGACUAUUCUCUAGACGUGGAGGAGAAAAAGAUCUGCGUGGACAACAAGAUCUUGUUUUCGCUCAAGAACAACCCCGAGACAGCGUUGCGAUCCUGCAAAGUCGCCGAAGCCGACGGUGGUCUGGCAAAUUCCCGACCGAGACGCGCACCCAGCUCGCUGGUCACGUGGCAGAAUGUGCCGGGCGAGGAAGUGCCGUUGGAGACCGAAGAGGCGCUGGACGAGCCCGGCGAGCCGUUGAAGAUCGAUUACGACGACAGCUCGAAGCUACUCGAUGCUCUGAGGAACACCCCGGGACUGUCGGUGUCCGUGAUGAAGAGCACACCCGAGAUCAGCAGCAAGAACCUCAUCGCGCCGCCCGCGAGGCCAGCCUCAAAGGCGUCCUCGUCGAGCAGGUCGCCGGACUCGCAAGCGGAGUGCGUGGAAAAGUUGCUAAAGAACCGUAGCGUCAAUUCGCCGACGACUCCCGGCUUCCUCGACAAUCGCGGGUGUACCAUCUCCCCCCGUAACCUACCGGGGCUGUCCAUCAUUAUACCGAAUUACCGCUACCGAAGUAGCAGCGCUAAUCAGUUAAGCACGAGUUCGCCAAACACGAAACGCCGCGUGGAGUCGCCCGAGAGCACGGUGAGCUUCAACAAGGCCGAACCGGAAGAAAUCAAACGCGACGAAGCUCCCCGGGAGGAAAACGAGGAGGAAUACGAGGAGGUGGAGGACGAGGAAGAUGACUGUGAUUCACAAGUGUUGGAGGAUCUCAGGAGGCAAAGGGCGGACUCGCUGGUGUACGAUAGUAUGGACGCGGAUUACUACGCGGGUCACAACGGCUCCAGGAACAAUACGGAAGAGCGUAAGACUCCGCUGGAGAACGCGAAGGGCGAUCAACUGUGGCUGGCCUCCAGCCGGAGCAGUGAGGCGCAGGCCAAAUGUAAAUAUCAGGACCUGGAGCACUUUGACGAGCAGGUGCUGGAGGAGCUGCGGUCUCGCGGCACUGUAGUGUCGCCUCAGCCCAGCGGGAUACCGUGCUCACCAGCGCCGUCCAGGAGACCGUCCUCCGCGUAUCUCGAGAGGCUGCUUCCGAGCCCACCAUGCUCGGUGUCCUGCUCGGAGGACGCCAAGAGCGAGUUGUCGCUCAAGAACAUCCUGACGUCCUCGAUAGAGUCGAGGGAUUACGAGCGACUCAAGGAAGGAGCGUCGACUCGAUUCGAUCAUCAGGGCGUGGACUUCGGUAUCUGCCGACCUGUGCACUCGAGUGUCGAUAGAAACACCAGCGUUGCCCUCGCUAGAAGAGCCCACCGGAGCUUCCAGGGGCGCCUGGGCGUGCACAAUCGGGAAGCGCGAAAUCCCGGCAGGCCGAUGUCCAGCGGUGACAUUCACAGCAGUUUCUACACCGAUCGCAUCACGCCGAAAAGGCCGAUGUCCGCCGAAUGGUCGACCAGUCGACAGAAGAAUCAAACUAACUAUUACCAGAGAACCGCCACUGGUAAAAUCGCCAAGAGUCACUUUAAUGAACAUCUCCAGGACACUUGCGCCACAUCGAGUAGCACGGACAGGCUCCUAGACCCGGCUAGUCAACUGCGCGAGCUGAUUGAGACCGCCGGUCACCUGAUACCCGACCCUCUGCUGGUGCCGCGCGAUUACCUGCCGGGUCUGGCUGCAGCACCGGCCACGGAGAUACCGAAGUUGCUGGCCACCAGACCCGAGCUGAGGCUACCCGAGGCACUCACCAGACCCGACCUCCUUCGCGACCCCGACCUGCUCGUCAUAUCGUUGGCGCAUCUACAACACGUCCUCGACCACGGCGAGGGACCGGUAUCCAGGUCACGACAGCCGCAACCGGCUAGAGUCAGCUGCAACAACAGCAACAACAGGGGAUCCGGUGUUCACAGCGGGAACAACGGUGGCGGCGCCGCGAGAGGCAGCAUCACGGGGAGACCUAAAUUAAGUUGCAGACCGAUCGGCACGCUGAUGCCGGCACCGAUAGACUUGUCGAGCGGCAGAACGCGCGUCAACCCUUAUCCGCCUCUCCUCAGGGUGCGCAGCGGACUGCUCAAGCAAGAGCCGGAAGUGAGCUCCACCGCGAGCUCGCCGGACGAGUCGCAGCUGUGGCACCCGUUGUUCGGCAGCCGCGCACUCCAAGCCGAUUCCAACCUACCACGAUGGAAUCUCGGGAGAUCUCCCGCCAUAGAAUUGGAUCGACGCAGGGCUGUACCCAUCGACUAUUCAGGAGACCGGCGCGAUUUACGAGACGUCCGGUCGGAUCGGUCGAUGCUCGCCGGCCCUGAAGACUCACCUCGCCCACGUCCACGCCCACGUUCCCGCCGCAAGGAGAGGAAGAAAACCCAAGAGAAAGGAAGACCGUAUCGAGACAGAAGGAAAGAGCGAGACGGAGCGAGAGAGGGAGAAGAGAAGGAUUAAGAACGGACGAAACUAAAAGCCAGAAGAGGCAGCAACUGCACUCGCAACAGCAACAGCAACGGCCUCAGCAGCCGCAGCAACGGUUGCUGUCGCAGCCGCAGCCGCAGCCGCAGCAGCAACAGCAGCAGCAGCAGCAGCAGCAGCACGUCUCCUGGCACAGGACCACUCUCGCCUCCUGACCAC